AUGGUCCUGAUGAGAGUGAUGCUGUCGGUGUCUCUCUGCCUGCUGCUGACGUCCAUCGCCUCGGGCUGUGGACCGGGCAGGGGGUACGGAAAGCGGAGGCACCCAAAGAAGCUGACACCGCUGGCUCUGAAACAAUUCAUCCCCAACGUGGCAGAGAAAACCCUGGGAGCCAGCGGCAAGUACGAAGGCAAGAUCACGCGCAACUCGGACAGGUUCAAGGACCUGACUCCCAACUACAACCCCGAUGUCAUUUUUAAGGAUGAGGAAAACACCAACGCAGACCGACUCAUGACACAAAGGUGUAAGGACAAACUGAACUCUUUGGCUAUUUCAGUCAUGAAUCAGUGGCCCGGGGUUAAACUUCGAGUCACAGAGGGCUGGGAUGAGGACGGCCAUCACUCUGAGGAGUCUUUGCACUAUGAGGGCAGAGCGGUGGACAUCACCACCUCAGACCGGGACAAGAGCAAGUAUGGCAUGCUGUCCAGGCUGGCUGUGGAGGCGGGCUUUGACUGGGUCUACUAUGAGUCCAAAGCCCACAUCCACUGCUCUGUGAAAGCAGAAAACUCUGUGGCAGCGAAGUCUGGAGGUUGCUUCCCUGGUUCGUCCAUCGUGAUCCUGGCAGACGGACGGACUAAACCACUGAAGGAGCUCCAGGUGGGAGACAAGGUGCUGACUGCUGACCAACAAGGAAAUGUUGUUCCUAGUGACUUUCUCAUGUUCAUGGACCAGGACCGACAGAUUAUCAGAGAGUUCCAUGUCCUGGAGACUGACGAGCCUCGUUGCAGACUGACACUGACUCCAGCUCACCUUGUCUUUGUUAUGAACAGCAACAGUACCAACAGCAGGGACAUUAAGGCCGUGUUUGCCAGUGAUGUAAAGCUAGGACAGCGGCUUCUUGUUGUUGGGAAAUACCAGCCCGACCGCCUCAUUCCUGCAAGAGUGACAAGAAUUCAUGUGGAGAAUUAUCGAGGGUCUUAUGCGCCUGUAACGUCUCAUGGAACCAUCAUAGUUGACUGGGUUUUGGCGUCUUGCUAUGCAGUGGUUGAAGAUCAUGACCUUGCACACUGGGUUUUUGUGCCAGUCCGACUGUGGUGCUCAUUCUUGUCGCUGGUUGGGAUGGUGAAAGAGCUCAGCAGUGUAUACCAAACAGAUGGAGUCCACUGGUACCCAGAGCUCCUCCACCAUGUGGGAAGUUGGAUUUUGGACAGUAGUUCUUUUCACCCACAAAGCUGAGAUUUAUAUAGCUUUGACAGACUGAACAUUCACAGCAAAUUUUUUCAUUAGCAUUUUUUUGGUCUCACCUAAGGCUGAACAUUAAAAAAUGCUUUUAAAGGUGAUAGAGAUCACUUUCUACACAUCCUCUUUGAGAGAGCGCACACACACCUGUUACUUUUUUUUUUU